UGGGCUGGCACGGCGCGGCACGACACGGCGCGGCGCGGCGCGGCUCCCAUGCGUACGCGCUGCGCGCUGCCGGAGCCCCGCCGCCAGCGGCAAGAUGUCGUGGCACCCACAGUACCGCAGCUCCAAGUUCCGCCACGUGUAUGGCAAAGCUGCCAGCAAGGACAAGUGCUAUGACUGCGUGCCCAUCACCCGCAACGUCCAUGACAACCACUUCUGUGCCGUGAACCCCCACUUCAUUGCAGUGGUGACUGAGUGUGCGGGUGGGGGGGCCUUCCUCGUCAUUCCCAUCCACCAGACAGGCAAACUUGACCCACAUUAUCCCAAAAUAUGUGGGCACAAAGGGAAUGUUCUGGACAUCAAGUGGAACCCAUUCAAUGACUUUGUAAUAGCUUCAUGUUCAGAAGAUGCCACAGUUAAAAUCUGGGACAUUCCCAAGCACUUGCUAACAAGAAACAUUACCAGUCCGAAGAAGGAACUUCUUGGGCAUGUUCGAAGAGUGGGCCUCAUUGAAUGGCAUCCCACUGCUAAUAACAUCCUCUUCAGCUCUGGCUACGACUACAAGAUAAUGAUCUGGAACCUUGACACCAAGGAGGCUGUCAUCUCAAACCCGGUGAAGGUCCUCGAUGCUCACAAAGAUGUAGUCCUCUCAAUGUCAUUCAACACAGAUGGCAGUCUCCUUGCCACAGCCUGUAGGGACAGAAAGAUACGUCUGAUAGACCCUCGUGGAGGAACAGUCCUACAGGAAGCCAGCUACAAGUCUCACAGAGUCAAUAAAGUCCUGUUCCUUGGAAACGUGAACAAGCUGUUCUCUACUGGAACAUCUCGGUGGAAUAAUAGGCAAAUUGCAUUAUGGGAUCAAAAUGACCUUUCUGUGCCUUUACUGGAGGAGGACCUGGAUGGCUCCUCAGGACUCCUGUUUCCCUUCUAUGACUCAGACACACACAUGCUUUAUGUUGUGGGAAAGGGUGAUGGAAAUAUACGGUACUAUGAGAUAAGCCCUGAGAAACCAUACCUGAACUACCUGAUGGAGUAUCGUUCUCAUUUACCACAGAAAGGAAUUGGAAUGAUGCCAAAGAGAGGCCUUGAAGUGUCAGCUUGUGAGAUUUUCCGUUUCUACAAACUGAUCCCAACUAAAAGCCUGAUUGAGCCCAUCUCCAUGAUUGUGCCUCGACGGUCGGAGUCAUACCAAGAAGACAUCUACCCCUUGACCACAGGAACCCAGCCAUCGCUGACAGCACAAGAGUGGCUGAACGGAGUUAACAAAGGGCCUCUCUUGGUAUCCUUGAGACCAGGCUCUGGAACUGUGAAUGCCUUACCACAGUUUCUUGAGCCAGAGCCAGUCAUGAAAACUACUGACCUGAGCCAGCACCAGGGAGGAAGGAUGCCACUGGAGGACAUGCAGAAGCCAAGUGAGACUGAAGACAGUAGAAAACAGCUGAAAGUGGAGGAAAAAUUGCUGAAAAAUGAGCAAAUGUGCCUCUCCAAUGGCUUUGACAUAUUCGAGUGUCCACCACCAAAAACUGAAAAUGAGCUUUUGCAGAUGUUUUAUCGGCAACAGGAAGAAAUCCGUAGACUACGUGAGCUGGUAAACCAGAGAGAUGUCCAAAUUAAACAGCUGGAGCUGGAGCUCAGAAACCUCUGCAUGGACACAGGCAGUUACUGAGGGUGCUGGCCUGCAGCUCUUUGCACCCCUGGCCGCUGGAGCAGAGUCCAGUUCCUGUGGAUAACUCCUCCUAGGGUUUUUGCUGGGGAAAAAUUGAUGCUUCAGGCAGCAUGGACUUCCCUGGCUUGUGGUGGUCACAUUUCCCUAAUCAUCACCAGACAGUUUUUGAUGGACUUGCUGUGCUUCUUCAGGCUCCCUUUGCUUGCCCAUGCACUUUGUGUCAGAAGCUCAUGCAUUAUUGCCAGUGAGAGACUUUGGAAAAUCUUGCUUUUCUGGUCUGGAGAAGCCACCUGUUAAGCUCUAGGAACAACCUGUUUUGCUGCCCCUCCACAUGACAAGGGAAUGGGACACUGAAGGCAGCUGCCAGCUUCUUUUCCUACUCCUGGAUCCAGCAGUGCAGCUCCUGGGGCUGCUGCCCUCCUGCCCUGGGAGACCACUCUGCAGCUGAGCUUCAGAGGCACCUCUAGCUCCAAAGUGAUCCUCAUGCACCCCUCCUGCCUCGGUUUGGCCCCACAUCUGGGUGGCUAGGCAAAGUCAUGGCUACCCUGACCAUGUUCUGGGGAUAGUCCUGCUGUGAGUGGGAGGCUGCACUGGGGCUGCCGAUGGCAGCACUUUUGUGAUAGGUAAAGGGGAGUUGGUGUUUGGAGGUCUUACUUCAAAGGGGUGGUGGUGUGGACUGGUUCUCACCAGAGAAGCUGCAGGUGCAGUUUUUGGGUCCUUUGGGUCAGUGGCCUUCUUUCACUCCUUCUGCCAAAGACCAGCCACAGUCAGCUGGGGGCUGUGGUGCUGUGGUGCUCAUCAGACAAAUAAGGACAACAUUUAAAGCUGCACAGGCUUGGCAGUGGGGUGUUUGCCAAGAGGCAUUAAAAGGAUGAGGGAAGAGUUGCCUGACCCACUGCAGACCUUUCAGCACUGGUGCUACAAGUGUGUUGUCAACCACAGGAGGAUUGUAGGACCAUGGCUGGUCAGGCACAGCCCUCCCCAGUUGCUGGAGUAUUGCUUGUCCUUGUGCCUGCAGCUGCUGCUUCAUUAGCUCCCAGGUGCCAGCGCCUUGUCCUGUGCCUGCAGCCACCUGCAGCUGCAGAAUCCCUACUCCCAGCUGUGUUGCCCAGUUCCCUGCAUCCUCCAGGGCUGCCCUGCCUCCCCAAGCCUGGCAGCCACACUCAUCUGUGCCCUUCUGCACCAGCUCUCUAGCUCACUGCCUUCCCCAGCCCUUUACUUAGGGCAAGAGCUGCUGCAGGAUGCAGGUCCCAUCCUUGGCUUCAGGGCUGGCACCUGUGACCAGCUUUAUGCAGUCUGUCUGCAGUGUGCCGAGCUGGGCCAGUGACAGCAACAGGGGUAGUACACAGACCUGCCUGCCUCAUCCGUGCCUGGGGGGUCUUCUCUCAUUUAUUCCCACGGUGUGGGGUAGGAGCGCACUGUCAGUUGUCCCAGGGUCUGAGCAACACAUCAGCACUGGAGGGGGAACGUUUUUCCUUGCCCCAAAUGCACAGCUUAGGGAGAUGUCUUAAACCCAACCAGAACAAGCAAAUGCUGUUUAACCUGUAACUGUGCACCUCUUUUGUGACACAUGCAGGAAUGAAUGCUAUGCCCUGCUAGUUCCCUGAAGCCUGUUUUCCCAAAGUCUAAAAAAACCAACCAAAACCACCAAACACAAAAACCCUUCUUAUGAAAUUUCCACAAACAGGACUCCUUAGCAAGGGGACAAAAGGCUGUGCACUGCCUGUGCUCAUGUGAGAUGCCCCUCUGGUUAUCCCUGAAGGCAAUAGCCAGCAGGGAGCUCGUGUGUAUGAGAAUCACACAAAGACUUUGUCAUGCCUUUUGCUCUUAUGCAAAGACUUCAUCCAGCUUUCAAAAAUAUUUCAUUCAUUUCUAAAUACCAACAACAGAUGUGGGUGCUACAGUCACAAAUACUGUCAUUUCCUUCUGCAGCAUUACGAAGAGGGGAUAGUUGUUCAUGUUCUUCAGGAAGAGUCCUUUAGCAUCAUCCACUUACUUAACACUAUUCUUUUUGUAAAAAGAAUAUAUUAAUAACAAAGUUGUUGAAACAAACUUCAGCUCAUUUCAGAUCUUCUAGAGUGGACUUUCCUGUGCCCUAGGAACACUCUGCAGUAUGCGGUUACAUGCAGAAGCAUCUCACCUCAGAUACAAAGCUUUAACCCAAACAUGAAUCUUACACCAGAAGUGGUCAGGCUUUCUCACCAAAGAGAAGAGCUAUGUAAGAAGUCAAGAAGCUCACAGUUUUUUAGCCAUGUCAAACAGGCCUGACAGCUUCUAACUUCAAAGCCAUUGUCACAGAGGGUAGCCCCGGGGACAUGACACUCUAGUUUUCAAGCUAUCAUUAUCAGAAGGGAGAGCACUUGACACAGCCUUGACAGUCCAGGGGAUAUGACACAUCCUUGUCACCAUAUGUGUUUUAUUUGCUGCAUUUUUUUUCUUAUUUUUCAUACAGAAUAAAUUAUUUAAAUUAUUUCCAAGUCAGAGUCAUUUAGCAGGAUUUUAAAAUCCUCUUGUGGACCAUUUCUUUGUUAUCCUAUGACUGGUUAGCAUAGUAAAUGGUCAGCUGCCAUGGUUCUUAUCUUAGGGUUGUGUUGAUUUCAGCAUUUCUGGAAAAGAAGUUGCUUUCAUUUAGGCUUUGCUGGCAACAUUUGAUAAAGUAAGACUAUUUAAUCAAAACUUCUUUUUUAGACAGUAUGCCCGUAAAAGUGUAAGCUGUGAACUGUAUUUCAAUUUGGAGCAUAAAUGCAACCAUAAAUCUUUCACACAGAGAAAAAAUAUGGAGGAAAUGGAGUUAUGCGUUAAUGAACUGUGCCUAGAUAGACUUAAGUGAUAAUUUUAAUAGUUUCUAAAACUCCUAACAGCUUUGUAAAAAACUGUAAAACGUGGGGAUAAAAACCAAAUUUGUGCAAUGAAAAGCAAAUGUAACUGAAUAAUAAAUAUAUUUAGAGUUUUACUUUUUGAUACA